GUGUUAUGUUCAUUUAUUUUAUUACUGAACGUCACUAAUUCAUAUGCUGGAUUAUUAUUUCUCACAUUUUUUUGUUUUGACAAAAAUUAGUUUCGUUAUUUCAUAAAAUAAGUUAUUUGAUGGAAAGUUGAAAAAUCUUAGAAGACUAAUUUAGAAAACAGAUGAUACAAUAGUAGAUUCACAAUACUCCUCUCUCUUACGAAUUUGUGGUCAAUAAUCUUUGAUUGAUUCACUGAGGAGCUCUGAGUUCUUGCAAGACCUGGUAAAAUAUGGACUUUGCUAAUAUGGACCGUGCACAACUCACUAUGGUGGGAUCAGGAUUUUCUGCUUUGCUUUCGAUGCAUUUCACCAUACAGCUCUUGUCACAACACCUUUUCUACUGGAAAAAUCCAAAGGAGCAAAAGGCAAUAAUCAUGAUUAUAAUUAUGGCUCCCCUUUAUGCCAUUGACUCGUUUGUCGGUUUGUUAGAUAUUCGUGGAAGCAAAGCAUUUUUCAUGUUUCUAGACUCGGUUAAAGAAUGCUAUGAGGCUGUGGCAAUUGCCAAAUUUUUGGCUUUGAUGUAUAGUUAUUUGAAUAUAUCCAUCAGCAAAAACAUUGUGCCUGAUGAAAUCAAAGGGAGGGAAAUUCAUCAUUCCUUUCCGAUGACUCUAUUUCAGGGGCUGGUGGUUAAAAUUCUAGUCGCGAUGGGCGUUAUCAAAUCUCACCAUUUUUGGUUGGAUGUGGAGCACCUUCAGGAAGCCAUUCAGAACGUUUUAAUUUGUGUGGAGAUGGUUUUCUUUUCUGUUAUGCAGCAAUAUGCAUACCACGUGGCCCCUUACAGUGGCGAUGUCGAAGCAAAGUUGAAACUGAAAAAGGAUGACUAAGUUGAUGCACAAGACAUUAGUGUGAAUAGACACUUUUCCUCUCUGCUUUUUCAUUAGUGUGUAAUGCAGUUUAUUGUUGGGUAACCUGUUGAUCCAGAUCAGAGAGAUAGGAAGCAUGCUCAUCUUAAGAUAGAAUUUCUAUCACUAUCUGACAAACAUCCUUUUACUCUUUUGUGGUUGAACUUCUUGUAGGUGCAUCGGUAAUUUUUCUUCACGAGAGUGAGACCUGCAAAAA